AAACAUGCUGUUUUGUUUCUAUGUCAACAGAGUGAUAAACAACUCGAUCGAUUGCCGGUAGAAUCAAGUCACGUCAAAAAUGAAGGUAGAAGAAGUUAAAAGUACCGUGAAAACUCAAAGGAUUAGUGCCCAUAGCCACAUUAAAGGGCUGGGAUUAGACGAAAAUGGAUUGCCAAUACCCAUGGCCGCGGGACUUGUCGGACAAGAAGUCGCCAGAGAGGGUGCUGGAAUAGUAGUUGACAUGAUUCGCAGCAAGAAAAUGGCAGGACGCGCUGUAUUAUUAGCCGGUCCCCCAGGUACGGGAAAAACAGCUAUCGCUUUAGCGAUUGCUCAAGAACUUGGAAAUAAAGUCCCUUUUUGCCCAAUGGUGGGUUCAGAAGUAUACAGUUCAGAAAUUAAAAAGACCGAAGUUUUAAUGGAAAACUUCCGUCGAGCAAUUGGUUUGAGAAUACGCGAAACCAAAGAAGUUUACGAAGGCGAAGUUUGCGAAUUAACUCCCGUUGAAACCGAAAAUCCAGCGGGUGGUUAUGGAAAAACCGUUAGUCAUGUCAUAAUUGGUUUAAGAACCGCUAAAGGAAGCAAACAACUUAAACUUGAUCCAAGUAUUUAUGAGGCACUUCAAAAAGAAAAGGUUGAUGUUGGAGAUGUUAUUUACAUUGAAGCUAAUAGUGGUGCUGUUAAAAGACAAGGUCGUUCGGAUGCUUUUGCGACGGAAUUUGAUCUUGAAGCUGAGGAAUAUGUUCCUCUACCAAAAGGGGAUGUUCAUAAAAAGAAGGAAGUCGUUCAAGAUGUUACUUUGCAUGAUUUAGAUGUUGCUAACGCUAAACCUCAAGGUGGGCAAGAUGUUUUAUCGAUGAUGAGCCAAUUAUUAAAACCGAAAAAAACCGAAAUCACCGAUAAAUUACGAAGAGAAAUAAAUAAGAUUGUUGAUAAAUACAUCGAUCAAGGAAUCGCGGAAUUAGUUCCAGGUGUUUUAUUCAUUGAUGAAGUCCACAUGUUGGAUAUUGAAACAUUCACUUACUUACACAGAGCUUUAGAAAGUGCUAUAGCUCCAAUUGUUGUGUUUGCCACAAAUCGAGGACGAUGCGUUAUACAAGGAACAACUGAUAUCAUAUCCGCUCAUGGUAUUCCAGUUGAUUUAUUAGACCGUUUAUUGAUUAUUCGCACUUUACCUUACGCCAAACCGGACAUUGAGGAAAUAUUAAAACUUCGUUGUACUGUUGAGGGUUUAGAAAUUAAUCCUGAUGCUUUAUCAUCUUUGGGAGAUAUUGGAAAUCGUAGCACUUUAAGAUAUGCGGUGCAAUUAUUGACUCCCUCAUCUUUGAUUGCAAAGACGAAUGGUAGAAGUGUAAUUACUAAAGCGGAUGUUGAUGAAGUUGCCCAUUUGUUCUUGGAUGCUAAAGCUUCUAGCAAAAUUUUAACGCAACACAAAGAUAAAUAUAUGCAGUGAGAAAAUCUUUAUUGUAAGUUUGGUUUUCUAAUGUCUUUUUAGGUUCUUACUUUUAUUAAAACCAAUACCUUUAUGAAAUAAAAUGAUUGUGUUGUUGAAUCUAGUAUCGUUGUGUGUUUUAAGUGAUAACUUUUUUAAUUUUAAAUGUAUUCAAUUACACCACUUAUUUUUGAUUUGUGUGAUUAUCCAGUUUAUAUACAUGUUAAGAUGUGAUUUCUUUGGUUCUUUCAUCAUGAAACUUACAAUUAUAAUAUGAAAUAAAAGCAGAAAGAUUGUUUCAUCAGACCAAUCAUAAGUAACGCCUACAAUCCUUCAAAAAAGUUAUCUAAAUUGCUUUAAUGUUUAUAUUAACGACCUUGAAAGGAUGAUGUUAUUCCAUUUUUAACAAGAAUAUUAUAUUUUCUGGACGAUAUCAAGGCGUCAACAAUCCUCGGACCUCAGGAGGAUAAAAAAUCUUAGUUGUAAUUUUUUUUUAAGUAAUGAACCUGUAAGAAAAAAUAA